AUGGCUAGACUAGGCUACAUCCUCAGCCUUGCGGCAUCGGUGUCUGUCAGCCAGUAUCUCCCAGUUAUACCUUUCCCACUACAUCACCGGCACCAGCCCACUGUCAUUGACACACGCCUUGAUAAAGUCCUCCUCCUAGUGGAACAACUCAGGGCGGCUAAUCAGUCAACUCAAUCAACCUUGAAUGCCGUUCGCUUCUUGGCAAGCAGGAUGAGCGAGGCGAUUGACGAGUUCGUAAGCAGCUUGAAAGGCAUUCGUGUAUCUCAAGCUGGAGGGUCUGGAUAUGCACUGGAAUAUAUCUUCUCAACGGUAUCGGCUCAGAAAUUAUCUAGCAUCCUUCAUUCUAACUUGUUGUCUUUGAGUAGCCUCUUACAGAUGGCUUGCUACUCCAAAUCUGAUGAUGAUGCUUGGAAAAGUGCAAGUGUCACUCCAAGAUGGAUCGAUGAAAGGUCUGAGUUUCCGCAUGUCAGGCUAAGCGCAAAGAUCAGGGCAAGAGAUACAUGUUGUGCAAGACCUAGUAAGUACUGGUACAAUCUGCAAUGUGUCCCCAAACCAAUUGACUUCUUCCGACCUGGGCGGGUAUUUACCGUGGCCAUACGAGGUAUAUCGACAGCCACAGGAGAUGAAGACAUCGAUUGCACGCAUCUCCCUAGUACAUGGAUUCCGUUAGACUUCAUUCCAGACCCGUAUGAACGCGAGAAAGAGCGACUUACCCGACAGAUGAAGAAUUACGAGGACGGUAUAAAGCUUCCCUUGCCAGCGAUGUUCCAAUAUGGCGACGUUCAUGAGAAUGGACAAGUUCAAUAUGAGAUGAGCACCGAUUGCCCUAUUCUGUCCGCGCCAGAAGUUGAAGAAAUGAUGGAUAACGAAUAUAACCUUCCCACCUGGACUAUGGACCCCUGGGUAGGAGCCAUCACCAUCCGCCGUUUUGUGGUCGUCCAGCAGGGUAGUAAAUCCUGCCUUUGUCUGGGUAUUUAUACUUACUCAGGAAGAGGACGUUCCGAUCAACCUGAUCAGGAGCUAUAUGCCAAACUCCACUCGUCGAGGCACAUUCCCGACCUAUUGCCAGAAGAACUAGGAAUGAACAAUCAGCCUAUACGCCUGAAACUUAACAGCCAUCAACAGUGCUGCCCAGAACCGCCCGCAUCCACUUCGGCCGCGUCUAUGAGAUCAAAUACUCCGAGUGGACUACAAGCUUCGCCGGACAAGGAUCAGGCAGGUACUUCUGCAGAUGACACGGUCACACAGACUGAUGUCAAGAUUGAGAAAUGA